AUGGACCACCAGGAGCCCUACUCCGUGCAGGCCACCGCGGCCAUCGCUGCGGUCAUCACCUUCCUCAUCCUCUUCACCAUCUUCGGCAACGCGCUUGUCAUCCUGGCCGUGUUGACAAGCCGCUCGCUACGCGCCCCGCAGAACCUGUUCCUGGUGUCGUUGGCCGCCGCCGACAUCCUGGUGGCCACGCUCAUCAUCCCUUUCUCGCUGGCCAACGAGCUGCUGGGCUACUGGUAUUUCCGGCGCACGUGGUGCGAGGUGUACCUGGCGCUCGACGUGCUCUUCUGUACCUCGUCUAUCGUGCACCUGUGUGCCAUCAGCCUGGACCGCUACUGGGCGGUGAGUCGCGCACUGGAGUACAACUCCAAGCGCACCCCACGUCGCAUCAAGUGCAUCAUCCUCACCGUGUGGCUCAUUGCGGCUGUCAUCUCGCUGCCACCCCUCGUCUAUAAGGGAGACCAGGGCCCCCAGCCCCGCGGACGCCCGCAAUGCAAGCUCAACCAAGAGGCCUGGUACAUCCUGGCCUCCAGCAUUGGGUCCUUCUUUGCGCCCUGCCUCAUCAUGAUCCUAGUCUACCUGCGCAUCUACCUGAUCGCCAAGCGUAGCCACCGCAGAGGUCCCAGGGCCAAGGGGGGCCUCAGGGACAAUGAGUCUAAGCAGCCUCACAGGGUCCCUGGGGGACCAUCAACCCUGGCCUCUUGUUUGGCUGCCUCUGGAGAGGCCAGCAGACACUCCAAGCCCACUGGGGAGAAGGAGCAGGGGGAGACGGAAGAUCCUGGGAGCCCCGCCCUGCCACCCAGCUGGCCUGCCCUUCCCCAUGCAGGCCAGAGUCCGAAGGAAGCAGUUUGUGGGGUGUCUCUGGAGGAGGAGGUUGGGGAGGAGGAGGAUGAGUGUGAGCCUCAGGCCCUGCCAGCGUCCCCUGCCUCAGCCUGCAGCCCACCCCUGCAGCAGCCACAGGGCUCCAGGGUGCUGGCCACCCUGCGUGGCCAGGUGCUCCUGGGCAGGGGCAUGGGCACUGCAGGUGGGCAGUGGUGGCGUCGGCGGGCUCAGCUGACCCGGGAGAAGCGGUUUACCUUUGUGUUGGCAGUGGUCAUUGGCGUCUUUGUUCUCUGCUGGUUCCCUUUCUUCUUCAGCUACAGCCUCGGUGCCAUCUGCCCGCAGCACUGCAAGGUGCCCCAUGGCCUUUUCCAGUUCUUCUUCUGGAUUGGUUAUUGCAACAGCUCGCUGAACCCCGUCAUCUACACCAUCUUCAACCAGGACUUCCGCCGUGCAUUCCGAAGGAUCCUUUGCCGCCAGUGGACCCAGACGGCCUGGUGA